AUGGCAAGCCCUACUAGUGCCAAGGUUGGGCCUCAAAAUGUGGGAAAAUCCAAGACAAGAAGAAACAACGAAGGUGUCCAAAGCAAAGGUCCAAGCUUUUUAACGAGGAUGUUUGGGUGUUUCAUAGAUUUGAGGUCCAAACCUGAUGGCGCCUUGAGUACUAACAACAAACAAGAUGAUUUUCUACCUCCUUCCAUCACUUUUGUUACAGUUGCUCCCGGCUCUUCAAGCAAGAGCCCUUCUACACCUCACUUGAGCAAGGAAUUGAAACAUUAUCCCCAUCUUCGACAGUUCACCUUUCGUAACCUGAAGUUGGCAACUGGGGAUUUCCAAUCUCGUCUCGGUGAGGGAGGCUUUGGUCCUGUAUACAAAGGCUGGAUCAGUCACAAGGGGGCCUCCCCCACAAGUCCCGGAGUCGGUCUUCCGGUUGCAGUCAAGAUUCUUAAAAAAAAUGGAUUGCAGGGCCAUCGCGAAUUUGUUACUGAAGUUAACCAUCUUGGUGGUUUAGAUCAUCCACACCUUGUUAAGUUGAUUGGUUAUUGCACUGAAGGUGAAGAAAGGGUACUUGUUUAUGAGUAUAUGACCAAAGGAAGCUUAGAGCAUCAUCUCUUCAGGAGACCAUAUGUUCCCCUUCAGUGGUCAGUGAGAAUGAAAAUCAUGCUUGGUGCUGCUAAGGGCCUUGCAUAUCUCCAUGAGGAAGCUGAGAAACCUUUGAUAUAUAGAGACUUCAAAUCUUCAAACAUUCUAUUGGACAAGGACUACAAUGCCAAACUUUCUGAUUUUGGGCUUGCAAGAGAUGGUCCUGUGGGAGACUCUACUCAUGUCUCAACUCGUGUAUUGGGAACACAAGGCUAUGCAGCCCCAGAGUAUAUCAUGACAGGGCACCUUACUGCCAAGAGUGAUGUGUACAGCUUUGGCGUGGUUCUGCUUGAGAUGCUGACCGGGAGAAAAUCCAUGGACAAAAAAAGGGGUCGAGAUGCGGUUAACUUGGUUGAGUGGGUGCGACCUAAACUCAGGAAAGGGGGAUCAAUGUUCCAUGAACUGAUGGAUCCUCAGCUUGGAGGUCAGUACUCAAGAAGAGCUGCUAAUAAGGUGAUGAAUUUGGCUUUGAAUUGCGUUAGCUGGGACGCGAAAGACAGGCCCGUGAUGAGUGAAGUGGUGAAAGUUCUCAGCUCUCUUCCUCAUUGCAAAGAGAAGAUGGCUUCUUCCUCUUCACCAUCCCCACCAUCACCCUUGAAUGUUGGCUCCUCGGACAAUGGUGAUUUCAUAAAUGGCUCUUCAGCUAGGGGCACACCGAGUCGCUUCAAAGCCUCCCCGUGCAACCUUCCUCUUCCUUCACCCAAAGCUAGUGGUGGAAGGUCAUGA